CUUCAAGCCUUAAGGCACUGUAUGUAUUCCGUACUGUACAUCAACUAACUAACUACAAACAAUACUUGCUUGCUGGCUGGCGGUUUCUCCUCCAUCCAUUUAUCCCUCCAUUUUCUCCUCCCCACUUCUCUUCCUCCCCUCUUCUCCUCUCUCCCUCUCUUCACCUCCCUUUCUUCCCAAAUAAAACUAGAGCCAUUCCUCUCAUUAUUUGUUUGUUUCGCUCUUGUCUUCAAAAUCUUCCAAAAUACUGCCUCCUCUUACAACUCACCCACCCUUUCAUCUGAUCUCUCCUUUUCAUCACGAGCCCUCCGAUACGGCUUCAUAACCUCCCUUCUCAAUCACCAUGUCGGUCGUCUCUCUCCUCGGCGUCAAGAUCGUCAACAACCCCGCCCCUUUCACAGCGCCCUACCAAUUCGAAAUCACUUUCGAAUGCCUUGAGCAACUGCAAAAAGAUCUGGAGUGGAAGCUCACCUACGUCGGCUCUGCCACCUCAUCUGAAUAUGACCAAGAACUCGACUCCCUACUCGUGGGCCCCAUCCCCGUCGGUGUCAACAAGUUCAUCUUCGAGGCCGACCCGCCAGAUUUGAAGCGCAUUCCCACCUCGGAGAUUCUCGGCGUUACCGUCAUCCUGCUCACCUGCAGCUACGACGGUCGAGAGUUCGUCCGGGUAGGAUACUAUGUGAACAACGAGUAUGAUUCGGAGGAGCUCAGCGCCGAUCCGCCUGCCAAGCCCAUCAUCGAGCGCAUUCGUCGCAACAUCCUCGCGGAGAAGCCUCGUGUCACUCGCUUCGCUAUCAAGUGGGACUCGGAGGAAUCCGCCCCCGCCGAAUACCCCCCCGACCAGCCCGAUGCCGACCUCGUCGACGACAGCAACACAUACGGUGCUGAGGAAGCCGAGCUGGAAGCCGCCCUCGUCAAAGAGCUCGAAGAAGCGGAGAGACAGGAUACCUCCCGCGGUGAAGACCAAGACAUGGAAGGCGGGGAGGCCACUGCUGGGGACGAGGAGGACAUCUCCGAUGCGGAGAGUGAAGACAUCGAGGACGAGAGUGACGAUGACGACGAGGAGCUCGACGAAGAAGAGGGCGGUGAUGCCGACGAGGAUAUCGAGAUGGGCGAUGACACGGAGCCGAAAGACGAGGCGGCCGGCAACGCCAGCAACAACCCCACGGCCCAACAUCAGCCGGAACUGAUGGUCCACUAGAUGCGUUGAUGAUGAAGUGCUUGGGCGUGCUGCUCGAACGAAGACGUGGGUAUAUUCUUUGUUUUUAUUUGGUAUCCUUCGAAUGAUUUUACGAUUGGGUUCACGAUGUGCUCGUUUUUUUCUUUUCUUUGUUUUUUUUAAUUCCUUCGUGAUAUAUCUUAUCAUAUUACCCUCUUCCCAAAAGGUUCUGCAGUAUUUAUUUUCAAGGACAUAGAACCGAAAAAUAAUUCAAUUCCUUUUAUAUC